GAGGCUGGCUGGAAGGUGAGUGCAGUUGGACGUGAAUGGACCCUGUCUCCAGUCCUGACCUCUGCCCCGGAAGCGCUGUCCUCCCUCCUCCCCCGCUUCUGCCGGCGGGCGUUUCACCGGGCAUCAAGCGUCGGCCGGAGCCGCUCCGAUGGAGGCGCGGGGCCGCCGCAGGGCCUCGCACAGUCCCGGCCGCGACAGGGUGCGCAUCAAGAGCGAGGCUGCGGCCUACAAACGGCGCCGCUCGAGUUCCGGCUCGUCCGGCGGCAGCCUGUCUCCGCCCGGACACUGGAGAGGCCGCUCCCCGGCCCGGAGGGAGCCGAAGCCCGGCCCCGGCACACAGAGACACCCGCGGCCUGAGGGCAAGUACAGGCGGGAGAGACAUGACCAUCCGCGACAGGAGCGCCAUGAAAGAUGUCACAGAGACCACUCUGAAGGGAAAGAGCACCGACAUAAGAAGGCCGAUGACAGAGAGCGACGCAGAGAGUGGUCGGAUCGUGGGCGGGGCCACAGCAAAAAGAAUGGUGGGCCUCGCACAGAGCACAGUGUUAGUGGCCGAGACAGGGAAGUUCAACAGCUCCACGAGCAGCAGGCUGAGCGCGAAUUGCACAAUGAAAGGCGGCGCCAGAACCGUGAUCGUUUCAAAACUCUCACAGCCGAGAAUCCCCAGUCUGAACCGAACAGUAGCCAGGCUGGUCGGGGCAAUACUGCGCAGGUUAAAGAGGAGCCGAAUUUUGAGUUAUCUGGUGCUCUUGUGGAAGAUACAAACACCUUUCGUGGCGUGGUGAUAAAAUACAACGAACCGCCAGAGUCCCGAGUCCCAAGGAAACGAUGGCGCCUUUAUCCAUUCAAGAACGACGAGCCUCUCCCAGUCAUGUACAUUCAUCGCCAGAGUGCCUAUCUUUUGGGUCGGCAGCGAAGAAUAGUGGACAUCCCGCUUGAUCAUCCCUCCUGCUCCAAGCAACAUGCAGUGCUACAGUACAGACUUGUGGAGUUCACGCGUAGCGAUGGUACUCCUGGAAGGAGGGUGAGGCCAUACAUCAUCGAUCUGAGCUCUGCCAAUGGCACCUAUCUUAACAAUCAGCGCAUUGAAGUCCAGCGAUACUAUGAACUCCGAGAAAAGGAUGUGCUGAAGUUUGGUUUCAGUAGCAGGGAAUAUGUCAUUUUGCACGAGUUCUCAGAUACUGCUGAGGUGGAUGCAAAACAAGAACAGGAUGAUGAUGAAGAAGUUGAAAGUUAAUGUUUAAAAGAAAACUUCUGUCUGCAUAUCCACUUCCCCUUGUAGUUGAAUGGUUAUGCUAUAAUUGGAAGGACCAAUGGACAUUUGACCACUUUUGUUUUUUCUGUUGAAGUGAAGCCAACAGCGAGUGCAUAAUGACUCUCAUACUGGAGCUCCAGAUCAACUUGUGUUUGAAUUGCAGCCUGACUAACAGGAUUGAACAUGAAAUCCCUUCAGACCAAACGUUCAAGGUUCUGUUUUGCAGUUGACUUUUCAUGUGUUGCAACCUGGUUCUUUGACUUCAGUAUGGCAUUCAGGAAGCUUUUAGCAAAGCCCAUGGAAUUGCUGCAUAGAUUUUACCAAGCAGCUGCAAAAGGGCUCUAAUUAACUGUGUAGGAAGACACAAUUGUUUUUAUUGGUGUUUAUUAGUUUCAAGUUAUUUAGUGGAGAGUAUUGAACUCCAUGAGCAAGUUUACCAGUGGGCUCUGGUCUGAGGAUGUCAGACAACAAGUUGUCAUAUGGCUGUUUCAUCUUUUAUACAUGUCGGCUUUUGCGAGCUUUGAGAUGUUUGGUUGCAAGUCUCAAGCCUUUAAUUUUUCUAACUGAAAAUUGUGCACAGUGUCCUUUAUAAUUUAAAGCUCCUUACAUCAAAUUUCAGAUGCCUCCUGCAUUUGAAUUAAUGGUAAAAAUGAGCAGAACUUUUUUUUGUCUGAAAAUUAUCUUUAACCUUGUGUUAAAAUGUAAGGUGCUUUAUUUGCUCACAGGGUUUAUCUUUCUAAUUUUGAUUUUAUGUUACUGUUUUGGUUAACGGGUGGGAAAGCGGGGAUUCUAUUGCUAGUAAUAUAUGAUGUUCGGUUAUAUAAAUGCUCCAACAAGGCAAGAGAUUUUUGAUUAAAGGUUUUUUUUUAAAUCUGCCAGCAAUGAAUUGUUGUUUUGAAUGACAUUGAGGAGCAGGAAGUAAUAGGAACCUCACAAACUCCUACAUAGUAAACCUUGCAAUCUAACCCUCUGUGUCUUGGUAUUGAUCCAUCACAUUUUGAUUUGGAUACAGUCACAAAUGCAGCUGUACCUGUGCACAGUGAAAAUGACAUGCCAAGGGCAUUGACCAACUGGAGCAUUAAACAUUAAUUUCAAAUUAUACUGUGUCUAAUACUUUCAUUAAAUGUGUACUUUCUACUGAAACUUUCUUUAUAUAAUCAACUGAAUUCCUGGAUACACAGUAAUUCAAUCAAUUUUAAUUGAGGCAUAGAUCAAAUUAAUUUAAAUCUAUGUACAGUUUGUCACUAGUUGAAAAUCAUCAAUUUUACCCAGCACCUGAGCUUGGAGUCUUUCAGCUGGCAGUAUAAUCUAAUUUUGGUCUGUAAAAUUCUUGAAUUAGAGGAAGAGUUAGUAUGAAUUGUGUGGUUCAAAAACGCAGCUAUAUUCUAUUCCUACAAGUGUUUCUGACAUCUUACAGUAAGAGACAUAUUCCACCAACAUUCAUUUUGAUGUUUAGUAGCUCCUGUUAAAGCCCAUGGACCCAGAAUGUUAACCCUGUGCCUCUCUCCACAGACUGUCUGACUUAAUGAGUGUUUACCGGCAAAUUCUGUUUUUAAGUAACUUACAUUAUGUUGAUGGACUGUCCAGUUAAGAUGCCUGGAUGUCUAGGACAUAUAACUGCAUCUACCCAUCUACCACCUCCAUCAUAACUGCUUGGAAUGAAGAUAGUCAUUUAUAAAUGACAGUGGUUGGGGCAGGAAUGCAAUCAAAUUCAGUUGGCUUUAUUGAUUUGCAUUUCUAAUUCACCUAUUGCAUUGAUUUUCUUUUGAAGAGAUUUUUAACUCCCACGACAAAAAGAGUUUGAUGUUGAGAGACAGAGAUGCUACAUGUGGCAUCUAAAUAGUGCAUUCUUCACAAAAUAUUAGGAAGGCAGGUAAUGAAAAAUUACUGCUUUUAUAUCUGUGUAAUUACACUGACAUGUGUAGGCCUUGGAAACAACCAUUAAGGAAAAGUCUUUUUCUUUACUUAAAUUUGUUGCUAAUAAAUGUGUCUGCAAAAUUGUUCAUAGAUUUUCAUACCAAAGGGCUCAACUUUACCCCGUCUCCAGUGCAGUUGUAUAGUCAAGUCAAGUUGUUGCUAAGCAACAGGAGGUGAUAAUGAGCAGUGGCACAAGCCUACCUUUUGCCACAAUUUACUAUUAAAUGGAAAGCUGUUUUAAAAUACUGCUCAAAAUUAUAUUUUGUUGUAUAAAAAAUACUGGUGUUCUGUAGAUUGUAAUACUGACUUUGUUACAAUCACUCCUAUGUUUUUUGGCAGUCUGUUUAAUUUUUAGUAAAGUAGAUUUCCAACAAUAUUUUUCAUGUGUUGAGUGCCUUUAUUAUGACGUUGCUUUUGGUU